CGUUCAGUACUUAUGUCAAUUGAAUAAAGUCAGAGCUAAUAACCGUUGGUAAAGCCUUUCUUCUGACCAAUUUUAGAAGCAACUAGCUGUAGAAAUAAUAUUAAAAUUACUCUCCAGAAAGUGGAGAGGAGCUGUUUUGAGUAUAUACCUGGGAGCUCAUUAUAUCUGCGAGAGUGCACCAUGAGAUAAGACGUCUUGAUUCGCCGCUGAUACUUUUACAGUGCGAGUGCAUGGCUUAACCCCAGGAAUCCCAGUAGCCGGUACCACAAGGAUCUACAGUCUGCUCGUGCAUGGCCAGUCACCUCACGUGCACACAUACAACUACAAUAGUAGUCUCAGUCAUUUGUCUCGUAAUUUGUCACUUGAUCGAAGUGUCUUAUUCCUUAAAUAAUGUGUGACGUGUUUAAAAGUGAAUUCACUUGGAAGAAUUGUGGAUUUUCUCACAGAAAUAGGAAAGCAUUUUACACAUGUCAGUGGCAGUGGCCUCCCUGGCUGUUUCUCCUGUUUCGACUUGUUGUCCUUGGUUACGUGGUAGGGGCAUUUAUACCAGUCAUCGUACCCAAAGACGCAAACGCCAAGCACAGCCUCCUCGUCUACCUCACUAUAUGGACCUAUAGCAUCCUCAUUGCACAUAAUCUCAUCGCCACCAUCGUCGCAUUAUUUUAUCAUUGUAUGCAAGAGCGGGAUGAAGAUGACUUUUCAGUCGGGAUUGCAUCUCACCGAUAUCAUGUCAGUGGAAAUAGAAAUUCCACCUACAGUUCGUUUAAAGAAAAUACGUUCCGAACUGAUGCAGAUGCUGCGUCUUAUACCAUAACCAAGGAAUCCAGUGACGCGAACACUAAGUACCAGGCUGCCAUAGGCACCGACCAAUCCGAUGGAGGGUUGUCUCUCAAAGCUCAAUCAAAUGGACGCAUGAACUCGGAGUCGGAGACGCGGUCUGUGACAACGACAACUCCAAUUAUGUAUGACGAAACAGAAGACAACUUGUCUUGCUUGAUGAAGUUUUCAUGGCUUUUGUCUGCGCUAGCGCAACACUUUUCGAUCUUUGUUACUUUAUUGUAUUUCACGGCCGUGUUCCCUUUCCUAAGGGUACGAGCUGAUCUCGUGAAUGACAUAAACUUGCACGCAGUCAACAGCUUCGUAGUCCUGCUCGACCUCGCGGUGAGCGCGCGGCCUGUGAGAUAUCUGCACGUGCUGUACCCUGCCAUCUACGGCUGCGCCUACACUGUAUUCUCCAUUGUGUACUGGACAUUUGAUAAGGAGUCCAAUGUCAUAUACGCCAUCUUGGAUUGGAACAAUCCCGCCUUAACAUUAGGCGUCAUAGCCGGGGCCAUAUUAAUAGUGGUACCGCUGAUACAGUGCAUGUUGUUUGGUUUAUAUAGACUUAGACUGAAAAUAUACAACAGUGUCUAUAAACAUUCUUACACGUGAGAUAGGUUCUAAACAUACUUACUUGAUAGAAAUAAUUCUUUUCUUCCGUUUUUAUUCAAUUUUGUUUGAACAUACAUGUUGUAUUUUUGUAAACACUAUUUCAUAUAACAGUAGGGCUGUGCACACGGUACGUUAAUUAUAGGAGAGCUUUACUUUUAUCACUAGUUUGUGUCAUUGCACAUAUGUUUUACUUAAAGAGAAGAUAUACCCGACUUAGCUGGGAUGUAUUGAAAGGUUAUCGGUCUCUAAUAAAUUCAUUAACCAGU